AUGAGCAGUACUGGGCUUCAGUUCAGGGUUAAAGACUGGAUUCAGAAAACAGAUGCCACUGUAUUAGUUUUGUACAUACCCCAGCCAACAAAGCGUAAUCCUAUCCCUACUUUAAAAUUUGAAGGGUCAAGAAAGUUGAAAGCUGUGGUAGAGUCGGAAGAAGUGAGGAGUGCCAUCAGUACAGCUUGCAGCGGUCCCCCCCCUCCUGUGAAAUCCUUCAAAGAUGUGAACUCUGAAGGUAGUGGGAGGAAGGAUUUUGAGGAAGGAAGUGGAGAAGUAUUGAAGGAGGUAAGUGGCAGUGAAGACGUCAUGACAGGUGCUUUAAAUGAAACACCUGACAUGAAUUCUUCUCUGCAUAUCUCUCCAGCACUGAGUGCUGGAGAGGGUUUUGUUUCAGAUGGGCCGGAGAGUAUGGAAGGGACUGAAAUGGAGAGAACAUCUUUGUUAAAUGAGAAUGACAUGCACAGAACAGAAGAGGUAAGUGGCAGUGAAGACGUCAUGACAGGUGCUUCAAAUGAAACACCUGGCAUGAUUUCCCCACUGCCUAUCUCUCCAACACAGAGUGCUGGAGAGGGUUUUGUUUCAGAUGGGCCGGAGAGUAUGGAAGGGACUGAAAUGGAGAGAACAUCUUUGUUAAAUGAGAAUGACAUGCACAGAACAGAAGAGGUAAGUGGCAGUGAAGACGUCAUGACAGGUGCUUCAAAUGAAACACCUGGCAUGAUUUCCCCGCUGCCUAUCUCUCCAACACAGAGUGUUGGAGAGGGUUUUGUUUCAGAUGGGCCGGAGAGCACAGAAAUGGAGAUGGAUGUGGAAGAGAUGGAUCUGCCAGAUGCUAAGGAUGAAACAGCUAUUCCAGAUGAGAACGGGAGUAUGUUGAAAGUUGGCUGGGAUGAUGUUGCGCUAACUAAAUAUAUCCAAAAGAUUUGGUCAAAACAGAGAAAUGACAGUGUUGAGCCAUUUCUCCUGUCCAAAACCUGUGGUGUGAACAUCAACAACAGGUCACUGAUUAGUGCAAAAAGCUUGAUAACAGAUGAAAUAAUUGAUGCUUACCUUGGGAUUAUUUGUGGUCUAAGCAACAAAUUCUUCUAUGUGCCGUGCAGUGUAAUAUCUAUGAUUUUUCAUCCCCGGCAUCAAAACGAAGUUGCAGAUGUCCUUAAUGAGAACAAAGGAAAGGUGUUGCUUGCCAUUGUCAACAGGAGAGAAAUCCACUGGAUUUUGCUGGUUAUUGAUCAACAGAACAAAUCUCUGUUGAUUAUUGAUCCAAUGGGAGAAAACAAAACAACGUGCCAGCUAAUUUUUAAAUUGUGGACUAAUUACCUGACACAUAGAGGAUAUGAUGCUGAAGGGUGGAAAAUUGAUACCAUCCACCACUCCAAGCAACAGGACAGUGUUUCUUGUGGAGUUUAUUGCAUGAAGUUUGCUGAAGCAGUUGUUUUGAAAACAUCACUGCAUCUUCCGAAGGACAAUGUGCUGGAAAUGAGAUGCAACAUUAUGAAGACCAUCAUAAAUAAUCAAGAUGAGGACACCAACAAUUUAAAAAAGUAG